UGAAGCCUCCCUUGUUCUUUCUCUGCAGACCAGGCCCCGUCGUGAUUCAGUGAAAUUAUGGCCCUUGUACAAAAGUCUACACAAGGCAAGACAUUUGAAGAAAGGGUCAAAAAGCAUUUCAACAGAGGAAUAUGUGAGUUAACAUCUAUGGUCAGCUGUCUGCACAAAGCAAAAAAAGGUAUUAGCUUUUUCAUGGAGCUAAAGGAGCAUAUUGAGAAGGCAACAAAGGAGUUGGGCAUUUCAGAAAAAUUGGUUCUACAGGAUCUGGAGAAUGUGGAUUCAAUGACUUCAGAGAUUUUGGUCUCAAAGAAAAAACUCAUGGAUGAACAGAAAACAAAAGCGAAUGAGCUUGCCAAUUUACAAACCUUUCAGAGGGAUUUGGAAAGACUUGGUGAGACGCAAAGAGAAAAUUAUAGGCUCCAAAGAGCUAUGAAGGAACAGGCAGAAAGGGAUAAAGCCACUGCAGAAGAUAAUAUUUUAGUACAGGAAGAGCGGAAAAGAGAUGGCUGGCUGUUGAUGUUGAUACCAGUUGUGGGAACUGUUAUUGGGGGUAUUCAGGCUCUCGACGCUCACAUGGCUCAGAAGACAGCCGAGGAACAGGCAAAUGCUGCCCAGAAAAUGAUAAGGGAUUGUCGUGCAAAGGAACAGAAGGCUUUUCACGAAGUUGCCAAAUGCGAGGAGCAGUUGAAAGAGCAACAGAGUAAAAUCAAGGCGACCCAGAAGAGCCUUAAAGCAAUGGAAGACAAAAAAAAGGAGCUAACCAACUAUCAUAGGGAGAUUCUGAAUCUGCAAGAGGCACUCAGGUCCUGUUCUAGGCUGGUUGGAACCCUGAAUUCUGAAGCAAACGUCGUUAAGGUAACAAGCCAGUAUGUGUUCAUUUACAAUUCCUUGAAGGAUCAGAUCGAUAGUAUAGUGCAGCAUAUGCUUCCAUUCCUGCACAUGGAAAAGACUGAGUACCGCCUGCUGGACUCCCCCAAGAUAAAACAAAGUAUCAGGAAGUUGAAAUUCUACUCUGAGACCCCAAGUACUUUGGACAGGAAUAUUUAUGCUCUAAAGGAUCAGCUAAAUGACGAGAAUAUCUUUUGGUACUUUAUCAUUGGUUUUGCCAUACUGGCCUUUCUCUGGGCAACUGGCCUUUUCUACAAAGUCCUUCUGGCAAUUAUAAUUGGCUUUACCUUUUUCUCCUGGCUGUACUGGUAGCCCUCUAUUCAAGGGGCACCUCCCCUUCUGUGAAUCUACUCCAUUACUUAGCAGGAAAGGCCCGUUGAAGAUGCUUCUGCUGUCAAAAACCGGCCCAUGCUGGAUGGGGUCCCGCUCUAGGGUCUCCAGGCCACGCAGUGCUCUCCCAGGGGAGGUGUGCUUGGCCCCUGCUCUCUCAGUAGGUAGAAAAAUGGGGGAAAGACACAACACAUUCCUUUUGGCAAACUUGCAUCAGUAAAUGUAAUUGCGUGACUUAAUUUCUCGUUUUAAACUUGUAUUUUUCUUUUAAAUGUUGUCGGUUGCUUUGUGCUUCUAAAAGUACAAUGGUGGGCUAUGAAUCCAAUAAAGGAAGAAAAUGUU